AUGAGCCUGCAACUUCCCCCGGCCACCCACCGCAAGCGCACGCUGCCCCAGGGCGAUCUUGAGGCCGCCAGCACUCUCAAGCUCGGCGCCGAUCAGCACACACACACAUUGUCCCUGUCCGAGGCGCGUCUAGUCAUCCAUAAAGUGCUGGAGAAUAAGCGUCGUGGAGGGAACAAGUACGAGGAGCCGGAGAAUCUCACCAAGACAUUGGACUACCUGGAUGUGUUUGCCCGGUUCAAGGAUGAGGAGAAUAUCAAGGCAGUGGAGCGACUACUGAACUCGCACACGGAGCUGGAGAUGUUUGAGCGGUCGCAGUUAGGGAGCCUGUGUUGCGACAAUGCCGAGGAGGCCAAGUCCCUCAUUCCUAGCCUGCAGAAUAAGAUCUCCGACGGCGAUCUACAGGAGUUGCUUGACGAGUUGACCAAGCUGCGGAAUUUUACCGAGUAA